AUGGCAUCCCGAAAUGAAGCACCUGUUAAAAAAAUGAUUAAUGUUUCUGAUUUGGUUAAGGGAACAAAAUAUAUCACUAUUGAAGUCCGGAUAAUACGGGUUUAUGAGAAGCCAAACUUUAUGAACAAUCUGGAAGCUGGUAGCAUUGAAAUGAUUUUGAUGGAUGUACAUGGUACAAAAAUACAUGCCAGUAUUCGAAGGAACCUAAUUGUUGCUUUUUGGCCAAAGAUUGAGGAAGGAGGAUUUAGACAUAUUUCAAAUUUUUUGCUACGUGAUAAUGCUGGAUACGAGCUAACUACGCAACAUAAAUUCACCAUAUCAAUGAAUUAUGGGUCGUCUAUAGUAGACUGCAAUCCUUUGGAUAUCCCACUAUAUGGUUUUGAAUUUGUUCCAUUUGGUGAUAUUUUGGCCAAAAAAGGUUCUGAUGUUUAUCUCAUUGAUAUAAUUGGACAAGUGACUGCGUAUAGUGAACUAACCAAGACCGCUAAAUCGAGGUGCAUGACUAUUGAGCUGAUGGACACAAAGAAUGACAACCUAACAUGUGUUCUAUGGGGCACAUAUGCUGAUGAGAUGAUAAAUUACAUAAAUGCUGAGGGAGCUAAUGGUGCAAUUAUAGUCAUCUUACAGUUUGCAAAACGAAUCAUGUAUAAAGGUGGUGUUCGUGUUCAAAAUUCUCGAUAUGAUUCAAGAUUGUUCAUUAACACACAAUUAUCUGAAAUUAUUGCUUUUAAAGAUAGAUGUAUGAGUGGAGUGAUUAGGGAAGAUGAUGUCAUCUGGUGUAGAAAGGAGAAUGUAGUGUUACGUAGUACAACACCAAGAUUCAAGAUAAAAUUGAUUGUUGCUGAUAAAUCUGGAGAUGCUUCUUUUAUGAUGUUUGAUAAAGAGGUGUCUAAAUUGGUUGGUAGAACAGCAAAAGAAAUGGUUGCCUCUCAAAAUCAGAUAGAAAACAAUGAGUUUCCUGAAGAAUUCAAAAGUCUAUUGGGGAAAAGAUUUUUGUUUAAGGUCACUGUGCCAUAUAAUAAUGACGUUGAUCAAAAUUAUUCCUACACUGUGAAUUCUACGUCGGAUGAACCUGAAUUAAUUAACAAGUGGAUUGAACUUUAUGUGAAGUUGGAGAACUCUAUUGUUGUGAAAAAAGAGAGUGAGGCAGAAAGUGUGCAAGAAUGUGAAGAGAUCAGGGAUCUCUCUCAUUCGGAGACAGACUCUUCUCUCUCCCACAUCACACCGCAAAAGAGGGCAACAUUACUUGAUGAACAUUCACCCUUAGGGAUGCAGCUUUCAACUAAUAAGAAACUCAAGUCUGUUGUGCCUCAAGAAGAAGAAUGA